CCAUCGUGUCAUCCUUAUACGGCAUUAUUGUGAUUGUCAUCUCAACCAUGGCAACCACGAUUAAAGGAAUCUACAAGAGUUUCAAAUACAUCACCCGAAUAUUUGUUGUGAAGGAGCGUGAGAUGGAAAUUGGGUACCCGACAGAUGUUAAGCAUGUGGCUCACAUUGGAUGGGAUGGCCCUCAAGGGACUGGACCCAGUUGGAUGAAUGAUUUUAAAACAUCGCCUGAUUUUUCAACGUCGCUAGGUAACUUGGAUGAACUAAGGGACCCCAAUCCUAUGGCUCUCACUACAUCAUGGUCCUCCCAAGAUUUUGAAGAGUCAACUGGAAGCCAAAUGACAUCAAGCAUUUACAAAGGCAUCCCAUCUGCAGGGGUUCCUCAUGUUCCUAAGAAGCCCAAGCGGAAAAAGACUAAGUCAACUUCCUCUUCUGAGUUGCUAUCUGCUUCAUCAAGACAGUCAAGAGCAGCAAAGUCAAAGGCUACGUAUAGUGAGAGAGACGCAACGCCAAUUGCUGAAGUGUAGCAGGUUCCAGAUUAUAAUUUAGUGAGAGAAGAAGAUUUGGCAUUGUGAAUAGAAAAAACCAUGCUCUUAUCCUAAAACACAUUAGGGAAAAACCAAACUACUUGUCUACAGGCUGAGAAUAAAACAAUGAAAAACCAAAGGUGGUGG